AUGCAGCAGAUCAUCGAGUACGCCUACGCGUACUCUGUGCUCGUCACGACUGACAACGUGGAGAACCUCCUGGCGGCCGCCGAUCAGCUGAACAUCCUGGGCAUUGUUCAGAUGGCUCGCAUGGAUCUGGAAUAUUUUAUGAAGAACAUUAAAAUGAACGAUCUAGUGAAGGCCAAUGCGGCGUGCAAGCCCAUUGUCAACGACGUCUUAAGGGCCAUGUAUGAACUUGAAUUUAAAAGCCCAAAUUCUGAAAACCCGUUGACCCGCCCACGCCAGCCCUCUGACAUCCUGUUGGCUAUUGGUGGCUGGGUUGACCACCCAACCACCUGGAUUGAUGCGUACGACUCCCGGGCCGACCGCUGGGUGGAUGUUACGCAGGUGGAGAGGCGCCAGUCCGGCCAUGGCACAGUAUACUUAAAUGGAUACGUGUACUGCAUUGGGGGGUUUGACGGCCUCAUGCGCUUCAACACAGCCGAGCGCUACGACCCGGAAACUAAUGAACGGACCAUUAUCCAGCCCAUGCAUGAGCGGCGACACGAUGCCAGUGCCACCACCUUAAAUGGCAAGAUAUAUAUCUGUGGCGGCUACAAUGGAGCUGAUACACAUGCUACUGUGGAGUGCUAUGACCCACUCACUGGCGAAUGGACCAUAAUCGCUCUCAUGAGCACUCGCCCACGUGGCCUUAGGGUCGCUGCUUAUCACGGGAAAAUUUAUGUGGUGAGUGACUCCUUUCUUGCACCUUGA